AUGAGUGGAAAGCAGAACAUCCGGCUUCUGCCGCUCGCCGGAGCCGCCGGGGAUGAUGGGCCGUACUGUUUUCUCUUGAUGAUAGACGACUGCAAAAUCUUGCUCGACUGCGGCUGGGAUGAUCGCUUCGACCUCAAAUACAUUGACGAGAUUAUGAAAUACUGCUACUCGAUAGAUGCCGUUUUACUUUCUCACUCGGAUCGAGCGCACCUGGGCGCUUUACCGUUGCUGGUCAAGAAGGGACUCCGAUGUCCGAUUUAUGCAACGGUCCCGGUGGCAAAUCUCGGAAAGCUCGUCAUGUACGAUUGGAUGAAUUCGCACCAUAACAUUGAAGAAUUCGACGUCUUCAAUCUCGAUGAGAUCGACGCUGCCUGGAAGUCAAUAAUCCCGAUUAAUUACAAUCAAAGGAUCAAUCUCGCUCAUCGUAAUGUAAUUUGCCGGGCCUUCAAUUCAGGCCAUUCUCUGGGAGGCGCUUACUGGAGGAUUACAAAAACUGGAGAAGAAGCUAUCAUUUACGCCGUUGCUUUCAACCACCGAAAAGAAUGGCACUUGAAUGCCAUGACUUAUGAUUUUUAUCGUCCCCAUCUUUUCAUCAUGGACUCAACAAAUUCUCUGUAUACAGCCCCUAGAAGAAAGCAGAGGGACGAGUCGUUGGUGAAAAAGAUUGUUGAUACUGCCACAAAUGGGGGAGAAGUGAUGAUCGUGACUGACACAGCGGGGCGUUCGCUGGAGAUUGCCUUCUUCUUGGAUUCGUGCUGGAGCGCGAUCAAUGAUCUCAAAACUACCUCCUUGGUGCUGAUGAGCAACGUCGCAGCUUCGGUCGUUGAUCAUGCAAAGAUGCACAUCGAUUGGAUGAAUAAAACAGUUGCCGAGCGCUUCGAGACCACCGCCCAGAACCCGUUCAAGUUCAAGCACGUACAUCUUGUGCAUCGGCUGCAAGACCUGGAUCGGCUGCGCUCGCCAAAGGUGGUCCUCUGCAGUCAAAUGGAUAUGGAAUCCGGGUAUUCGUACGAGCUCUUCUCGAAUUUUGUCGCAGAUCCGCGCAACGCCCUCGUUUUGACGAGUCGGCCACGCGCAAACACCAUCGGGCACUACUUCUAUCAGCUAGCUCAAGACGGCGCAGCCGGAGCCAGUAGAACUUUCAAUAUCAGAAAGCGCAUUUUCCUCGAUGGCCCCGAGUUGGAGGAGCAUCGCCAGCGAGCUGCCCAGAAGCAUGCUGUUGAGCAGGAGAAAAGGUUGGAAAAAUUCCGAAAAGAACAGCGCCUCUACGUCGGAGCUUCCUCCUCUGAUGAGAGCGAAGACGAGGAAGAGAUUGCAAAGGCUGUUGACAAAUACAUUAUUGAAACCGACGUCCGUAAUCGUAAGCGCAAGAGGAAACACGAGGUGCGAAAACACACCCAGACCGUCAUCCCCGGAAUUUCUGUAAAGCUCAUUGAGGAGUCGCAAUUUGUCGAGAAGCCGAAGGAAGUUAGCGAGGAUGAGGAAAUUGAGGCUGAGGUCGAGGAGAUUCGAAAGUCGAAGUCUCGCCGAGUCGCCACUGAUGACAUCGAGAUGCAAAACUGGGACAAUCCCUUCGACCUCUAUUUCCGGCACCAUGUUUUGGUGUACUACGGUAUGGGAAAGAGCGACGUCAAAAAGAAGAAGCGUGCUGGCUUCCCGAUGUUCUCAUUCGACAACGAUAAGCGCAAGAUGAAUACGUCUGACUACGGGGAGCCAAUAAACCCGGAAAUCUUCCAGGAAAAGCAGCGCAACGACAUGUUCGUGCCUGCUCCGAUGCAGCGCCCCGACGAGAAGCCCGACGAGGACAAGAAGCCGACGAUCAAAGAUGAGGAAACGGACGGGGACGAGUCGGACAAGCCACUCCUCGGCUUCACAGACGACGACUGGCCAACCAAGUGCAUCGAGGAACAAGAGGAGGUUCAGAUGUGCUUUGUUAUUUUGUACAGCGAG